UCCAACCUGGAACUCAACAGUAUAUUGGACACGAAAGAUGCGCAAAACAAUUCCAAAUCGUACGAAGAAUCCUGGCAAGACGUCACUUGGCCGAACACUCUUGAAGAGAGGGGUAAUAUUCCCCUAUACUUCUUCAUAGAUUCCCUCGAGGCCAAAAUGAUAUUGGUGAACAUGUCCCAAACCGGAGAUCAAGAACGUCUGAUACCCCUGGAAGACGAACUCAGCGAGCACAAUUUCUUUGUGGAGUACGAGAGACUCUUUGGCGAAAGGUCAAAAAAUCAGGAGGAUGCAACAGUCCCUCCGAAAAGGCUCAAGUUGAAUCGUGCUAGAAUUCACGCUGAUCUCAAGCGAUCCAACCUGAUCUUCGAAAAGUACAGAUGGGACACGGCGAAAACAGGAAAAGUCCAUUUCUUUUUAAAUACCUAUGGUAGCUCCUCCUCCAUGAUGGAGCUCAAGCCUGGCAGACACAUCUUCAGGGUAUGGUUGAAGAGCGAAUUUUCUUUCUGUCUCACUAUUUUAGCGGAUACCCGCUUCUCGGUAGGCUGUUUGGAACAGAUAUUAGAAGAUAUGGCCGAUGAACCUAUGCGGACGACUCAGUUUACCCUGAAUAUUUCCGAUUGCUUCGGUCGUCUGAUUAUGGGUUUCGGAACGUCAGAAUUUGGAGCUUGUCUGCAUGAUUUCUAUCGGAGCUAUCUACCUGUGAACGCCAACAGAAGUUUGACCAAGUCACAAAGAGCAGUCGUACACGAAGUAUUUCAAAGAUCGCUCCUGCAGCACCUACAGUACACACAGGAUAUUUUCUCCUUACAGAAGAUGAUAGAAGCCUUGCGAACAUUAUUCCUCGACAAAAACAUCCGGAUCCAAAAACAAGCCCGCCCGAUAAAUCAGGAGCAAUUUCAGUUCCAAUCAUUACAAGAGAAGAUCAUCUGCGAAAGGGCGGCCACCAAGCUGCAAUCCUUCUUCAAAUGGGUGCAGAUGGGAAAACUACGGUCUAGACAUCGAACGGAAAACGAGUAUUUCUUAGAAAUACACGAAACAUUGCAACAAAUCUACAAGGAAAAUUUCUCACUAGAAAAAAGAGACGAAUGUCUUGGAAGCAUAAUAAGGAAUUUUUUCAAAAACGAGAAAUUGUCCGAUUUCCUGGUCCUCUACGAUAUCUCCAGAGAUUUCAAAUGGGAUCUUACGAUUCAGACGUUUAAUGGAAGUUCCGAAUUAAUCAGGGAUUACGUGAUCUUAAACAGAUACCUCCUGAAGUGCCACACGGAAGUGGUGCUGUCCAUACACCUAUUCUGCAAUUUGAGCAACUUUGCCUUGAGGAUAAUCGAUAACGAUACCGGAUGCGAGAUCUACCGUUUCACCAACCAUGUCUUCCCUGGGAUCUAUAAGCCCAACACUUUCGGGUACACCGUGAUCGGUUUCGCUUGGCACCACGACGUCAAGCUCAUCAACUGGAAACUAGCGGUAAUCUCUUCCAGGACCUCGAAGGCGGUCUUCGAGAUGGAGGAGAUCAAGACGGUCACGACCACUGCCUUCGAUCACUACGUGCCAAUCUGCAAGAACCUCAUUGGUAAACAUUCGAUCUUCGUGAGGGAGAACGUGAUCUUCACGUUCAGGUUCUCAUGCUCUUACAAGGACGUCAAGUUCAACAUCAAGCUGUACGAUCCGUGCAAAAAUCUCAUUUUUGACGUGGCAGGAAGGGAGAAAAUCGUCCUUCCCUCCAUCCUCCUCCGGUACGCCCCGUCCGUGGAUACGUCAUUUCUGAUGCAGAAACAGAGGAGCAGUAGAUCUUUACUGGCGCCUAGGUCUUCGGGGAGGAACACAAAGACCGAGAACAGAAAAAGCGUCGAGAGACCGGCCAGCAAGAAGGAAUCGAUAUCAGUUCGUAAGGCUAAAGAUAUAAACUUGGAAAUAGCGUCGGUGUCGGAGUACGAGCAUCAAGUGUACAGCCUAGAGUUCUACGUUGUGGAUAACUCGUGGCCGUUGACGAAGAACGAAUGGGAGGUGGUGAGGAGACUCAGGGAGGACACGUAUUUCGUCAACACAUACGCCAAUAAGGACGCAGAUCUGUUCAUAAAGGAGUCUGCUUCGAAAAGUAUAUUGAAAGCCUCGAAAGAUACUAGAAAGAGUAUGCUAAAGAAGGUGCAGUCUAUUGAGAAACCUUGGUAUCUGCUGCAAUACUCGUUCAGAGCGAACGCGCAGGCGGCACUCGUAAAGGAUAAGACGGAAGAGGACAAAGUGUUGAACCUGAAGAAAUCCUGGUAUCAGACGGACUCUGACAGAUACUCCAGGUCCCUGGAUUUAAGACAGAAUUAUCUGAAGAAGUACACCGAUCCUGGUUGCGAGUGUCCCGAAGAGUACACCAACAACACCCCGGCAGAAUCGCUGAGCAAGAUGACGGAGAUGUCGGUAGAGACCAACGAGGAAGAAGAUAGCGCUGAAAGGACGACGAAAUGUCCAAGGUGGACAGAAGCAAAUGUCCCGCCCUUUGAUCUGAGCCCGUACUACAGACCACAGUGUCCUUGUCCGAUUGAAUUUAGAAGGAAAACCGUGAAAACGCAGGAAGAUCACAUUAGAGACCAGGAAGAAAGGCAACAAAUGAUAGAAGAGUACAACGCUUCUCUAGCGAAGAAGAAGCAUGAUAUGGAACUGUGGAUUAACGAGAGUAAUGAAAGAAGGACUUUGGUAUUUUUGUGGUAUGCCGAUUGUCGAAGAGCUUCUGAAAGGGUUUUUCAAGAAAAUUACUCGAUGCGGCAGAAUUUCUUCGACAAAUGGACCGCUGAAAUGGCACCACCAAAAAAGCAGGAAAAGAAAGGCUCUGAGAAAACGUCGAAAAAAUGAGUCGUAGAAAAAAAUUAUAAGGUUUCAUAUUCCAUAUUAGAUUUGUUUACUGUUAUACUUGGAUCAAUUAAAAGAAGUUUCUUUUGGUU